CCGACGCUGGUGGACGUCUACGCGGACUGGUGUGGACACUGCAGACAGCUCGCGCCGGUGUGGGAGGAACUAGUGAAGGAGCUCGAAGGCGAAGUCUAUGUCGUCAAGGUCAACGGCCCGAAGUGCAGGUCCCUGCAGCAGAGGCUCCACGUCAAGGCGUACCCGACCAUACUCUACCUCCGCGACGGCGAGAUGCGAUCGUACGACGGGGCGCAG